CGCCCGCGCACCCCCCCCCGGCCCCGCCCCCGACCCACUUCCUCCUCCCGCGGGCUGCCCAGCCCUAGCGCCCCGCGCUCCGCGGGCAGCCCCCUGCCGCCGCGCCAUGUCCGCCGGCUGGUUCCGGCGCCGCUUCCUGCCUGGGGAGCCGCUCCCCGCGCCGCGGCCGCCCGGGCCGCGUGCCAGCCCCGUGCCCUACCGCCGGCCCCGCUUCCUGCGCGGCUCCAGCUCCAGCCCCGGGGCAGCCGACGCCUCGCGCCGCCCAGACUCCCGGCCCGUGCGCAGUCCCGCGCGAGGACGCGCGCUGCCAUGGAAUGCAGGCUACGCCGAGAUUAUCAAUGCAGAGAAAUCUGAAUUCAAUGAGGAUCAAGCCGCCUGUGGGAAGCUGUGCAUCCGGAGAUGUGAAUUUGGGGCUGAAGAAGAGUGGCUGACCCUGUGCCCAGAGGAGUUCCUGACAGGCCAUUACUGGGCACUGUUCGAUGGGCACGGCGGUCCUGCAGCAGCCAUCUUGGCUGCCAACACCCUGCACUCCUGCUUGCGCCGGCAGCUGGAGGCCGUGGUAGAGGGCUUGGUGGCCACUCAGCCUCCCAUGCACCUCAAUGGCCGCUGCAUCUGCCCCAGUGACCCUCAGUUUGUGGAGGAAAAGGGCAUCAGGGCAGAAGACUUGGUGAUCGGGGCUUUGGAGAGUGCCUUUCAGGAAUGUGACGAGGUGAUCGGGCGGGAGCUGGAGGCCUCAGGCCAGGUGGGCGGCUGCACAGCCCUGGUGGCUGUGUCCCUGCAGGGAAAGCUGUACGUGGCCAAUGCUGGGGAUAGCAGGGCCAUCUUGGUGCGAAGAGAUGAGAUACGGCCACUGAGCUUCGAGUUCACCCCAGAGACUGAGCGGCAGCGGAUCCAGCAGCUGGCCUUUGUCUACCCUGAGCUUCUGGCUGGCGAGUUCACCCGACUGGAGUUCCCUCGGCGGCUGAAGGGGGAUGACUUGGGACAGAAGGUUUUGUUCAGGGAUCACCACAUGAGUGGUUGGAGCUACAAACGUGUGGAGAAAUCGGAUCUCAAGUACCCACUGAUCCAUGGACAGGGUAGGCAGGCUCGGUUACUAGGAACACUGGCUGUCUCCCGGGGGCUGGGAGACCAUCAGCUCAGAGUCCUAGACACAAACAUCCAGCUCAAGCCCUUCUUGCUCUCUGUCCCACAGGUGACCGUGCUGGAUGUGGGCCAGCUGGAGCUACAGGAGGAUGAUGUGGUUGUCAUGGCGACUGAUGGACUCUGGGAUGUCCUGUCCAACGAGCAGGUGGCAUGGCUGGUGCGGAGCUUCCUCCCUGAGAACCAAGAGGACCCACACAGGUUCUUGAAGCUGGCCCAGAUGCUGAUACACAGCACACAGGGAAAGGAAGACAGUCCCACAGAGGAAGGACAGGUGUCCUACGAUGACGUCUCUGUGUUCGUGAUUCCCUUGCACAGUCAGGGCCAAGAGAGCAGUGGCCACUGAGGAUUCAGACACUGUAUCCCAGAACUCCUCCAGUGCCCGGGUGUGGUCUGGGCAUCCCUCCAGUGUGACCAAGAGCAAAUCCUGCCUGCCCUAUCCCUAGCCACAGCCCAGCGCUCUCCCUGCACCUCAACACACAUCCAUCUCAAGAGGAACAUUUAUGCCAGGCAGUCAGAACUGGAAGGGUAUGGAGAGCCCAGCCCACCAGGUCCUGCCUUUUGCGGUGAUAACCUCUGGCAGAGUGACUUUACAAGUUAACUAGGAAACCCAUGUGAGGUUCCUCAGACAGGAUCUUCAACAGCCCAAAGUAUUCUCAGGGGCACCCAGGCUAAGGGUAUUAGCCAAAGAUGCCAGGAUGGGCAGCUAACCCAUGUUUAGAUCCAGGUCUCCAAUUCAUGCAUGUCAGGGCAUGCGUUCAACAACCCCCAAAGUCCACGCAGGGUGGCUUAUAGAAACCUUUGGGCAGCCUCAUGUCUGCUAAAACAGCCAUCUUCAAGACAGCCCCUGAAAAGAGACCAACUCAGGUCCUGCCCUGCUAUUCUUUGCUGGAGAUGAGGAACAGGCUCUGGGGCUAAAGUCUGGGGUAAAGCACAAGGGACUAGAGGAACUCUUGGAGUUGGCUGGGUGAGAGGGCUCUCCAUUUGUUACCUGUAGUAGCCUGCCUCCUAACUGGUUGCUUCUCCCUAGUUCCAGCCCUGCCGUGGUCUGAUGCCCCAACACUGCCUUUGCUUUGUUGUUCCAUCCCCUCCCUAUUAAAUGUUUUCUACAGAAGA